GUCCGGACCCCUCACCAGCGUUCAGCGUGUUCUUUCUCUAGCUAACUAAGCGAAUUAGCCGCGAUUGCCCAAGUAAUAAUUGUAACCGGUUAAACCGAUCAGUAAAAAAAAAUGGAAAUGGCUCUCCAACUACAGGCCUGGUCUCUGCAAUUGUCUAUGCAUCGGAGCUUGGAGAAGCUCUCGAAAACCUUCAUAUCUUGAAAAAGACAAAAGAAUAUAGAAAAUAAAAAGUCAACGCUCUAAUUAAGGCCAUGUCGGAACAAGGUUCUGCUGUCGAUAAUGAGAAACGGGAUUUGGAAUGUCCAACUCUGCAAGAACCGUCUCCAGAAGAAGAGCAGCUUCCGCCAACUGCUCGUCAGGAGAUAGGUAAAGUAAUCAGCACGAAUUAUACAUCUUUCAUGGCUGGAAUGAAUGAUGCUGCAAUUGGUGUGUUAAUCCCGUAUUUACAACCGGCGUACAAUAUUGGCCUGAUGACGGUUUCGUUCGUCUACUUGGUCAAUUUUGCGGGAUGGCUAUCGGCAUCCUUCACCAAUAUUCAUGUCUGUUCGCGGGUUGGAACGGGAGGCACCCUCAUUCUGGGAGCUAUGAUCCAGACCUUCGGGUAUGCGCUCAUGCUCUGGAAGCCUCCCUUCCCGCUCUUUGCCGCCGCCUUCUUCUUCACUGGGAUGGGCGAGGCCUUUCAAGACGCCCAGGCCAACAGCUUCAUCAUCACGAUCCGAAACCCGCACCGAUGGCUUGGGUUGCUGCAUGCCAUCUACGGCGUGGGGACGGUGGUCAGCCCGCUGGUUGCCAACACGAUGGCCUCGCGAACCCCGUACUGGCAUUACUAUUACCUGAUCACCAUGUGUCUCGGGAUAAUUAAUAUAACACUGUUGGCGUGGACAUUUCGACAAGGGCUGUUCCGUCCCAACGUGCAGGGGGCUAAAGAUACCGCCAAUAGCGAGCUGAAGGCGACCUUGACGAGCAAGACGGUGUGGAUUCUCAAUGGCUUCUUCCUCCUUUAUGUAGGAGCAGAAGUGACUGCCGGAGGAUGGCUGGUCGAGUUCCUCGUCUCCGUACGACAUGGCAAGGCAAGCAGGGUAGGCUAUAUUGCUUCUGCAUUCUGGUCUGGCUUUGCAUUGGGUCGCGUCGCGCUCGCCGAAGUGACGCAUCGAUGGGGGGAGCGGCGCAUGAUUUUCGUCUACCUCGCCAUCGCCCUCGCCAUGCAGUUGAUGUUCUGGUUGAUCCCUAACAUCGCCGCAAACGCCGUCACUGUCUGCAUACUGGGCUUUUUCAUCGGCCCAUUCUACCCCGUUGGUCUUUUCGUGCUUACCAAAAUCGUCCCCAAGGAACUCCAUAUCGGAGCGUUAGGCUUCACUGCUAGCCUUGGCCAAGCCGGCUCCGCGGCGUUCCCCUUUAUGACCGGCGCAGUCGCAUCGAAAGCGGGCGUUGAAGUCUUGCAGCCCAUCAUGGUCGGUCUGCUCGUGGGGAUCGCUGUAUUCUGGGCGUUGAUCCCGAAACAAAAGUCUUAUAGUUGAAUAUCGAGAGCCUCGAUCCACAACAGUUUCCGACUGCCUGCAUGAUAAUCAACUAUCAACAAUGAUCUCGCCUUGCGACGAAUUUCAUGGAUCCGGCCU